ACGAAUUAUUACACUUUCAGCGUUACAGUUGUUGUAUGGCAAAAAAAUUUUAAAAAAGGCAAUCAACGAACAAAACGAGCGGCACAAGUCUGUUGUUUACUGGUUACUGCGAACUACACUGGACGAGGCAAUGCCCGUCGCAGUGCAAUACAGUCAAAGAAUGUUGAUAAUUCCCACAUAACUAAUGCUAAUGUCAUUGCCGAGGUUUACAACAAUGAUCUGCUUAUGCGACAUAUAGUUAGCUUUGUGACAGAUAUCAAUAGAUGA